CGGCCAGGCGGGGAGGCGGCCUAGCUUAGCUCGCCAUGGCCGCUGCGGUGCUACUCUAAGCCGCGUCCACCCCGCGGGCCAUGCGGCCUCCGCCACUGUGGCUGCCGUCGCUGCUGCUCUGUGGGCUCGGCGCCGCGACGUCCUCGCCAGGUCCACUCCUCCCUUCCAGUUCCUCUCAAGACUCUUUUCCCCAGCUUGCUGCUCCUGUGAACCCAAAGCUUCACCUGUACAAUGAGGAGCAGGUUCUAACUUGGGAGCCGUCGCCUGCCAACAACGACAUAGAACCAGUGGUCUACCAGGUGGAGUAUAGCUACGUCGACGGCACUUGGCAUAGGUUGCAGGAGCCGAACUGUACGGACAUCACAGAGACAAAGUGUGACUUCACCGGAGGAGACUCGAAAGGUUUACCGAACUCGCGCUCCCUGACUGUCUUCCUGCGGGUGCGAGCCAAGGGAGGAAACCGCACUUCCGACUGGGUGACGCUGGAUCCGUUUCAACACUAUGAGAAUGUUACUGUUGGACCUCCAAAAAACAUCUCGGUGACCCCAGGAAAAGGCUCCCUGGUCGUACACUUCUCCCCUCCCUUUGAUGUUCAGGAGGCAACUUUUCAGUAUCUUGUUCACUACUGGGAAAAGACAGGAACCCAGCAGGUUGAAGGCCCUUUCAAGAGCAACUCCAUUGUGCUGGGUAAUUUGAAGCCAUUCAGAGUGUAUUGUUUACAAACUGAGGCACAGCUGAUUUUGAAAAACAAAAAUAUCCGACCCAGCGGGAUUUUGAGCAAUGUAUCUUGUCACGAAACAACAGCAUAUGCCACCACCGGGCUGCAGCAAGCCAUCCUGAUCCCCGUGGGCAUCUUCGCAUUGCUGCUGGUGCUGGUGGGAGCCUGCUUCAUCCUGUUCCUCAGAUACCAGAGCCGCGUCAAAUACUGGUUCCAAGCUCCGCCGAACAUCCCGGAACAAAUAAAAGAGUAUUUGAAGGACCCAGAUCAAUUCAUCUUGGAAGCCUUGGACAAGGACAGUUCACCGAAGGAUGAUUCCUGGGACUCUGUGUCAAUCAUUUCUUCUCCAGAAAAGGAGCGAGAUGAUGUGCUCCAAAUACCGUGAACCAGGCCACCAUCUCUGCUUGCCCAGGACAGUGAUCAGGACAGCUGCGAGAGAUCCCUUCCACCCCCGUUCCCCAGGGACAUCUGCCUCCAGGAGGCCUCCGGGGCAGGGAGAGAUGGUGUAUCGUUUAUUCUUUAUGAGUUUUUCUGGAUCCUAUAAGUAUCUAAGACAAUUCCACAGAAAGAUGUCUCAGAAAAAAAACCAAAACCAAAAGCGGUUUCUCUUAAACACUAAAAAGACAAUUACUCAUUCCUGGCAACGUGGCUGCAAACCUGUGAUGCUUUCUUCAGAGUGAGCUGCCUCGUCUACCCGAAGACUGUGUCCUUGCCUUCAUUCUGGAAAAUGAGUUGUCCCAGCCAUCACUGCCUGUCACAAAGAGGGGCCUUCAGUGUCCCCUUCAUGUCCAGUGUGAUGGCGUAAAUGUGACAGUCAUGGGCUCUGUGCUUGCCUGGCAUGUCCACGCCCCACCUCAGCACCUCACACAGACAGGUGAUUAAUCUUGUAAAUAAUGUCCUGAUAAUUUAAGUCUUUUUUUUAAAAAUCUAGAAAUAAAAGAUUAUAUAUUAAA